AUGGGGUACGAUAGAGCGCUUCUGGGCGAGUUCACGCCGCCCGCCGGGAGUGUCACGGCGCUCUCCUCCAGUGCCACGCUCUUCAAGGCGGUCGUUGGCACAGGCAUCUUCGCUCUGCCUCCCGCGAUCCGUGAGGUGGGCUGGCUGGCCGGGAGCGUGAUGGUGCUGCUCAUUGCAGGGCUGAGCGCCUACACGAUGAGCCUCGUCGUGAGCUGCGUGCAGGAGCUGAGGCGCCGCGGCCACAAGGGCGUCGGCGCCGGCGGCGCCAUCGAGUUCACCGACCUGACCGCCUUCGUCUUCCCGGGCCUCAACCGGCCGAUCCUAUUUGUCUGCCUCAUCGCCAACUACGGCGCCAUCCUCGGUUUCUUCGACUUCGCCGUGGCUAAUCUGCUUACCCUCACGCCCUUCCUCUCGCGCUGGCAGCUCAUCCUCGCCAUUGUUGCGUUCGAACUGCCCCUCUCCCUCCUGCGGUCCACGUCUCACCCUGUCUUCAAGCUUGCGAUGACAUUUGGCAAUCUGGCGGUAGCUGCGGCGUGCGCGAGCGUCGUCUAUUCCGGCGCGAUGUCCACUGAGCCUAGGCCCCUCAGCACGCUCCCGGCCUACGACAGCAGCGGCCUAGGCCUCGCCUUUGGGGUCUGCAUCUUUAUGUUUGCGGCUCACAUGGAGUGCGUCAGCAUUGAGCAGGACAUGCGCACCCGGCGCAAUUUCCACACGAUGCUGCUCUGGACCUUCGUCGUCAUCGUCGUGCUACACCUCGCCUUUGGGAUCUUCAUCUACAGCUGCUUCGGAGAAGCUGUCGGCCGCGAGUGGAAGGACGGCCACUGGGUCGACGCCACAAUCUUGCAGAACGUCGGCGAGAAUAGUGCAGUCAAGCUGGCCAUGAGCGCCAAUCUCUUGCUCAUGACGCCAAUGACGCUGCUUCCCGUCUCCAAGGCCAUUGAGGACGCCUUCGGCGUCCACCAGAGCUACCGCCCGGUCGCAUAUAGCCGCUGCACUCGGCUUGGCCUCAUCGCGUCGUUGGGUCUGCUCGCGGCCGUGCUAUCCAGCUUUGAGGGCGUCUGCGCGCUCGUUGGCUGCCUCACAGGGCUGUCGUGCUUCACGGUGCCCGCUGCCUGCUACCUCCACAUCUUCUCCCACCGUCUCGGCUCCCUCCGCCGGGUGUGGUUCGUGGGCCUGGUCUUGUUCGGCCUAGUUGGCACUGCCUUCUCCGCCGUGCAGGUUGUGGUUGGCAUGGUCGCAGCGCAAUCCCAGCCGGCUCAGUGA